AUGUUUUCGUCAGCGCUCAAGUCAUUUAGCUCCAAUAUAUCAUCUCACUACCAGAUUUCUCCCGAGCCAGCUUUCAUCUCGGGGCCCUGGAAAGUUCAUGAUGGAACUAAAAAGUCCACCGGCACUGCAGCCUCUAUCUUCAUCUUUGAGCGCAAGACAAUAGAGCCUAGGACAGGUGGAUUCGGUCGGUCAGCUAGUGCCUCGUCACUGAAAAAGAUCCAUGAAGAGGUGGUUGAGAGACUGAAACGGGAAGUCAGUAGUCUGACGCGUCUACGCCACCCUUCAAUUCUUCAGAUUCUGGAGCCGGUUGAAGAGACUCGUAAUGGCGGAUUGAUGUUUGCCACGGAGCCGAUCACAGCGUCUUUAGGUGGCUUACUAAAGGAGAAAGACUCCCAAGAAGGGGGAGGUGGUGGUGGUGGUAGCGGUUCAAGAGCUAGCCGCUAUAUGAUAGAGUCUCCAGACGGAACAAGACGGCGCCGAGAAGUGGAAAUAGAUGAGCUCGAGAUUCAAAAGGGCUUACUCCAAAUUGCCAAAGGAUUGGAGUUUUUGCAUGAAUCUGCCGGUCUUGUUCACGGCAAUCUGAAUCCGGAAGCAGUUUAUAUUAAUAUCAAGUCCGACUGGAAAAUAGCUGGACUGUCAUUUGCUGGCCCACCUGAUGGCUCGACGACUCAAUCAUCGCUUCCACCUUUAGCGCUCUCGGAAGUGUUAUAUCAGGAUCCUCGACUUCCGCCCUCUGUUCAAUUAAAUAUGGAUUAUACCUCACCGGAUUUUGUGAUGGAUUCAAAUGUGUCGCCCGCAGCUGAUCUGUUUUCUCUCGGACUGAUUAUUGUUGCUCUAUAUAACUCGCCGCACACUUCUCCUCUACAAGCGCAUUCUAAUGCCACUGCGUAUAAGAAGCUUCUCACCACUCCUUCCACCACGCCUUCUCAAUCGAAUAGCUUCCUUUGCACGCGUCCCAUUCCUAAGGAUCUUCUUGGCAGUGUCUUGCCGAGACUGAUAACCAGAAGGCCCGCUCAACGACUUACUGCGCGCGAGUUUCAGCAGUCAGCAUACUUUGACAACAUUCUCGUUUCCACUAUCCGAUUUCUGGAGUCGCUACCAGCAAAGACCCAGAAUGAGAAAUCUCAAUUUAUGCGAGGUUUGCAACGGGUUAUACCCGAGUUCCCUCCGUCAGUACUUGAGAAGAAAGUGCUGGGUGCGCUUUUGGAAGAAACAAAGGACCGAGAUUUACUCUCUCCUAUAUUACAGAAUAUAUUCCACAUUUUGAAAAAAGUGCCCAAUGGACGACGUGUCUGUCCUGAUUUGAUUAUUCCAAAGCUCAAAGAGAUUUUUCUGGCUCCGGCAGGUAAAGGUGCCGCACAAGAACGAGACACAACGAGAGAUGCUGGUCUCAUGGUCGUGCUUGAGAGUCUGAAUGUCAUUGCAGAAAACUGCACGGGCAAAGAUUUCAAAGAAGAUAUUCUUCCCCUAGUGCAGCUCGCCAUGGAGUCUAGUACACAUUCUUUAGUGGAUGCAGCUAUGAAAACGCUGCCUGUCAUGCUUCCAGUUCUCGACUUCAGCACCGUCAAGAAUGACAUAUUCCCUCCAAUUGCGUCUACGUUCAGCAAGACUAACAGUCUUAAUAUCAAAAUAAGAGCUCUGGAGGCAUUUGUUGUUCUCUGCGGUGGUAUUGAUGAAAAAGAUGCAGAGCCCGUGGACGACUUAACGGGCAUAGUCGAAGAUAAGAAGAAAACGAAGAAAUCAUCACCAUCUAUACUUGACAAAUACACCGUGCAAGAAAAGCUCGUUCCGUUACUGAAAGCGAUCAAAACGAAGGAGCCUGGCGUUAUGAUGGCUGCUUUGGGAGUGUUUCGACAAGUCGGGAAAAUUGUUGAUACUGACUUCAUUGCCAUUGAAGUACUUCCAACGCUGUGGGCUUUCAGUCUUGGACCGUUACUGAAUAUCCAACAAUUUGAACAAUUCAUUGCACUGAUAAAAUCUCUGUCUACGAAAGUUGAGCUAGAGCAGUUGCGGAAAUUGCGAGAGCUUUCCUCAAGAGAGGAUUCGUCUAUGACCCGGCAGACGAUAGGAGGUGCUCUCGAAAUCAGUGCAUCUUCCGGUGUCCAGGAAACAUCGAAUGAUUUUGAACGACUUGUUCUUGGACGGAAAGGUACUAGUAAUGUCAAUGGAGACGGUAAUUGGGAUAGCUUGACCGCCGGCAAUGUACCAAUCAAAUCGGCAACACAGAUAACAUCGCCAACAUUCUCGUGGUCAUCUAAUAUGUCACCAACUGCCAACAGGCCUAGUAUCAGUGGCCUUGCAUCAACAGGCCAUACGUCUCGUUCUAUUACUCCAGAUAGCAAUGUCGGAGUCUUUCCAUCGCUUGAGCCAAAUCGCCAGAAGGCAUCAGGGACAUCAGCCUUUGGUACAUUGCAGCCACAGCAGUCACAGCCUUCUCCAACGUCUUGGAAUACGUCUCCACAGAUCAAUCGACCGUCACUCGCACAAAGUCUCGGUUCUUCUCCUUCGAUGAUGACUGCAACCAAUACAACGGCGUUUCCCUCACCUGGAGGAACCGCAUCCAACUACUCGGCAUUCUCUAUUCCCCCUCCUCCUUCUACACAGACACAAUACCAGUCGAAACCCGCGUCAGUCGUACAGCCAAAUCCUUGGGCGUCUGGUGGAGUACCGAGUACUGCUCAAGCAACACAACCGCGACCUCCUGGGGAGCAAAAGGGUGGUCUGGACAAAUAUGCAAGCUUGUUGUAG